AGAAAGAACACACGAGGAAGAAACCACAAAACAAAACAUCAACAAUGAGUAAGAACGUAGGCACCAACACACGAUCGAGGCCAGUUUUUAUCGAUGAGGAUCAGGUGAAACAAUUGCUAGAUUGGGAUGGGGCACGGUACGCUCUCGAGCAGGCGUUUGUGUCCGUUUCGAACCAGGCGCGGGACACGGGAACUCGUUUGACUGACCAGCCGGUUAGUUCGCAGCCAGCGAGAACAUUUGUCCAGGCCGAGGGUGGAGUUCUUCUCUGUAUGCCCGGGUUUGUCGGUCAGCAUCGGGUUGGUUCCGGGUCUUCUGAGCGAAUUUCUACCCUUGCCUGUAAGCUGAUCACCAGUUUCCGGAAAAACGCUUCGCUUGGACUGCCUUCGAUCAAUGGAGAGGUGUUUGUAUUUAACAGCACGACCGGAAAGUUGGAAGCGAUCAUCGAAGCAAACCAUCUAACCGGUAUAAGAACGGCCACCGCUUCCCUUGUGGCAACAGACCAUCUCUUUUUGAAGCCUGCGCGAGCUCAUGCAGCGGAUGGAACGGUUAGCAUUCAGCUUGGAAUUGUUGGAUGUGGAUUUCAGGGUAUGAUGCAUGCGAUCGGGUUUGUCCGUACGCAGUCCCAGGGACGGGUAAGAACGAUCCGACUUUGGAACCGAACACCAGGACGUGCAACAAAGCUGAAGGAAGUGCUGUUGGAGGAAGCGAAGGCCACUAACAGCAACUAUUCCGUGUUUGUUUGCGACACGGUGGAGGAUUGCUGUCGGGAUUGCGAUGUGAUUGUAACGGCAACUGGAUCGAGUGAACCGCUCGUUUACCGGAGUUUCCUGAAGCCGAACGUGCACAUUAAUGCUGUCGGAGCGGGUGAAUACCAUCAUGCCGAGCUGGCCCAGGACGUGUAUGACGAAUGUCAGGUGUACAUCGAUCAUCAGGAGGGUGCCCGAAAGGAGCUGGCCUCUCUUCGCUCCACCAUCGUCGGUGAGGUUGGUGAAGUGAUCUUGCGGGAAAAUCGUCCCGAAGAGAUGAGUCUGCUACCGAAACCGGGCGGUAUCAGUGUGUUCCAGUCGCUCGGUAUGGCUACAGAGGAUGUAACUGUUGGGAGGUUAAUCUACGAAAAGUAUUUGAAAACUCAGCAGGAUGGAUCAGCAGGACCGAGUUCUGAUUAA